AUGUGUUCCGUAUCGGUAUUGCUUUUUGUGUUUACACUUCUGUGCACGAUUUUAAUUUUCAACAACGCUGCUCAACCAAAAAAAUAUCGUUGUCAUGUAUGUAGAUGUUAUAAUAAACGUUCAUGGACUGCUCCUUCCACAUACGAUUGGCAAAUUCCUUCUCUUGCCGCAUACGAUGACAACGGCCACUAUUUUUAUGACUAUUAUUAUAACCAUUAUCCAAAGCCUCCAAUAAGUAAUGAUUAUUAUGAUACCGCUUGGCUACCAAUCGAUGCAUCAGACGAAAUAUUACCCGCUUCUUCAAAUUUGAAUUCUUUUCCCGAUCUCGACGAAAAUCAGAAUAAUAUUUCUCGAGAUGACGAAAAUGAAAAACAAGCACAUGCAUAUAAUGGUAAUACGAUUACAUCACCACCUCCAGCAACCAGUAAUACCACGAUUACGAUUCAGGCAAUGAUUACUGUUCCUUUAAAUGCCACCAAUGACACAAAUGUUGCAUCAACCGUUUCUCAAACACCACAAAAAAAACAAAUAACUCCACUGCUAAAUUAUCUCGAUGCAAAUAUGAAUUUAACAGGAACUUCACUACCUCAAAAUCAUAAUGACCCUUCUAUAUCGACAGGAACUCUGGUUGCUACUACUAUAUUAUCAACGACUAUUGGCCUUUGCCGAUGGGCACCAAAUAGCAACAUCUUUCUUUACCAACACUACAAACGACCAAAUACGCUUCUAAAUCAAGAAUCAUUGGGCUUUUGCCUUGGUAUUUCCGCCCAACUUAUAAAGAUGAGUACUAUGAUUCUCGCACCUUCAAGAAUUUGGACUGUUAUUACUUGGAACAUUGUUAGCAACAGUCAAAACAAGUUUAUUGAGAAACCGUUAUCAAUGGUCUCAUAA